GCAAUCUUCACUUGCACACAAAAUCAAAUCACAUAGCUCAAUAAACUCACAAAACCCAUUCCUCAAUGGCUUCUCUCAAAUCUUCCCUUGCUUUCCUCUUCUUGUGCGCUUCCCUCCUUCAGCUCAGCUCGGCCGCUCGGCGUCUUGCCCAGUCCGACCAAACCCAGCUCUUCCGCUACCACAACGGCCCCCUCCUUGUGGGCAAUAUUUCGAUCAACUUAAUUUGGUAUGGCAAGUUCAGCCCCACCCAGCGUGCAAUAGUCUCGGAUUUCAUCGCCUCCUUGUCGUCCUCUAGGACCGCGACCGACAAACCAUCAGUCGCUGCAUGGAGGGACAUGAUCGAUAAAUAUUACCGCGCAGCAGGAUACAUGAGGAAGGAUUCGCGCCGUUCCCCGCUUGCCCUCUCAUUGGGGACUCAGGUCCUGGAGGACAACUACUCGUUGGGUAAGUCAUUGGAUGAUCGGCAGAUCAGGGAGCUGGCCUCCAAGGGCGGGCAGAAAGACUCGAUCAAUGUCGUGCUGACAUCGUCGGAUGUCGCGGUACGCGGCUUCUGCAGCAGCAGAUGUGGGACUCACGACUCUGCUGCGGGUGCGCCGGUUCAGGGUAAGGCCCACAAGUUCACUUACGUCUGGGUCGGCAACUCCGAGACCCAGUGCCCGGGGCAAUGCGCGUGGCCGUUCCACCAGCCCAUUUAUGGCCCGCAGGGCCCACCUCUCAUCGCACCCAACAAUGAUGUAGGCCUCGACGGGAUGGUCAUCAACCUGGCCAGCCUCUUGGCUGGGACGGUCACCAACCCGUUCAAGAAUGGGUACUACCAGGGCCCGAGGGAUGCCCCGCUCGAAGCUGCCUCAGCAUGCCCUGGUGUCUAUGCGAAAGGUGCUUAUCCCGGGUAUGCCGGGAACCUGCUCGUGGACACUACGACUAAGGCAAGCUACAAUGCUCAUGGAAUUAACGGCAGGAAGUACCUGCUCCCUGCACUGUUCAAUCCUUCUACGUCAUCGUGCGCCACUCUGGUCUGAUGAGAGAACAAUUACUUCGAGGGGGCAUAACCGAGGUUAUGUUGUGGUUACAAGCCAGACGACGUCUAUAGGCCUAGUAGGUGAUUAAUUAAUUACUAGGUGCAUAUAUAAGUUUAUACACAGGGAGAAGAUGUAUGUUGAAGAGAUUCUUUUAUUUGUUCAAAUUCAUUUGCGUCCAUGAUUGAUAUUUAAUAAAGGCAUAUUUCACCGAUGC